AGUCAUGAUCACAGCCGCUCAUUGUCACCUUCACCUUCUCUCUUAUCGUGAGAUAGAGCUCGACUCACUGUCCACCUUGUACCGAGUGUUAAGUUGUCCCUUGACGGUGCCCGGUGAAGACUCCAUCCACGUCGUCCGCACACCACAACAAUAUGCAGGACCUCCGUAGCUCUCCUUACGCCAUCCUCCAGCAGGAGUGUGUCUCGGUACUUGAUCCUCACCUUAGUUUUGACAUGGACUUGUUGGCAGCCACCCUGGGGGGGUCCCCCAACACUCUCUGCUAUGACGGCGAGGGAGGAACCUUCUGCAAAGACUCUGGCCACGCUGCGUCAGGGAUGGCGGCGGUGUCGGGCCUGGGAGAGGACUGGGUCACAGGUCACCUGGGAGAGGACGGGGUCACAGGUCACCUGGGAGAGGACGGGGUCACAGGUCACCUGGGAGAGGACGGGGUCACAGGUCACCUGGGAGAGGACGGGGUCACAGGUCACCUGGGAGAGGACUGGGUCACAGGUCACCUGGCAGCAGCCUGGCCAGAGGACGACUACCUGAGUUUGGGGACGACUGAUCCCAGCCUGGUGCUGAGAACACAGGACAUGGAGCAGUCCUGGCUGGAUGACCACCUCAUGUUGCUCUCCCAAGACCAGUUGCUUAACCCGGAAACAUCCCAGUUAUAUGAGAACCACGAGGAGCUGCCACAGAACCACUCCUUUAACCCGGAAACAUCCCAGUUGUACGAGAACCCCAAAGUGCUCUCCCAAGACCAGUUGCUUAACCCGGAAACAUCACAGUUGUACGAGAACUCCGAAGUGCUGUUUCAUGAUCAGUUCCUGAACCCGGAAACAUUCCAGUUGUAUGAUAACUCCCUGACGGUGUGCCAGAGCCAUUCCCUGGAAAGUGAUUAUCCAUGCACGACCCAUCAGGACACCACCAGCCUCUCAUCAUCUCCCUUACUCCAUAACAUCACCUCUUCUUCGGCUGGUGACUACGGCGUAUCUUCUAUCCUCAAGCCGGGGACCUCACAACACACCAACACCUCCAGAAAAGGUUACCGUCACCGACACACCAGAGUAUUUCUAGAUAAUGAAGCGGAGAAAAUACAACGCACCCGAACGCUAAUGAAGCGGAGAAAAUACAACGCACCCGAACGCUGA